AUGGCAGCCUUGGAUCCUGAAAGCCUGUGGGACGUAGAUGAGCCCAGUACACCUCAAGCACCUCAAGGGGUGGAGGGAAAAGCUGCUCACAGGUGUUUUAGAGCCAUACUGAACCCCUGCUCCCCUAAGAAACAGCCUGGGGAGCCCCCGGCGGGUCCCAGCGCGGCCCCGGAGCCACGGGCAGCUCCUUUCCCGGGGAGCGGGGACAGGAGCGGAGCUGCCGCCGCUGCCACUCCCGGGAAGCGCCGGGGAGGGGAAUCGCGCGGAGGGAGAGCAGCCAUCGGCAGGAACUCGGGCUGCAGCACCCGCGGCACCGGGAAUCCAUCCAGGGCUGCCCACCCGCCUGGCCUGCUGCCCUCAGCGCAGCACGACUGCGAGGCAUUUGUGACAUCGGGGCUGUCUGGGGCCGCUUUCCCGUGGCAGAUGCUGCUGUGCCGUCCCGCGGAGCUGCUGGGCACCUCCUGGGUGCUCCUCGCAGGGCUGCUGGUGUCGUUUCCUCCAGCUCUGGGAGCAACAGGAGCUGUCCACAGAGCCGCUGCUGUGGGAUCCUCGGUGCUGCUCCCUGGGCUGGAUAACAGCACCCACAGCAAUUCCAUACGCUGGGAAUUCCUCAAUGGCAGCGACCCCCUCCCCAUCCUGCAGCACGAGGGGGGGGCCCACGCCCCAGCCAUCCACGCUCCCUAUGCAGGACGAGCCAUUUUCCAUCCAUCCAACGGAUCUCUGCUGCUGGAGGAUGUCCAGGAAGGUGACAGUGGCACCUACAGAGUGACUGUGAACACAGGAGCCAGGAAGAGCCUGGAAACCCGGCUGGAAGUGCUCCAGCCUGUGUCCCGCCCUCAGCUCCAGACCAGCAGUCUCCUGGCUCGGGCCACUGGCCAGGUUGUCUGUGAGGUGGCAGAGGGCAGAGUGGACACCAUCACCUGGAAGAAGGAUGGGCAGCCCCUUCUCCCAGACAGAGUUUCCCAGCUGUCCAGAGGCCGCAGUGCCCUGUACCUGAGGCCAGCCAAGAAGUCGGACUGCGGCUCCUAUUCCUGCAAUGCCAGCAACGGGAUCAGCUGGCAAGAAACGUCCCUGGAGGUCACCAUUGAAGGUCUCUCCGGUCGCUUGAAGCACACCCUGAGGAUGGCGGUGAUCGCUGUGGUCUUUGCUGUUGUCUCAGCGUGGGGAUUAAUUAUUCCCGUCUGCCAGUCCGAAAAGCUCAGGAUAAGGGGGGAGCUCUGGAGAUGGCUCAGCUCCUACACCUGCGGGCUGGUGUGCAUUGCCUGCAUCCUGGAUGGCACCGCUGGCAUCCUCUGGAUGUGGGAGGAAGGCCCUUCUGUGGCUGUCAUACUGCCUGAGAUCACCCUCAGCUACCUCACUGUGGUGACCUUCCUGGGUGCCACCACCGUGAUUUUCCAGCCUACAGAUUUCAGCCACCUGAAGAGCAAAAAGGCACAGCGCACCAUGGGCUACGCCGCGCCGGGGGCCGUGGUGGCCGUGGUGCUGAGCAGCACCUUCCUCAUCAAGAGCAUCUACCACCGCCACGAAGAAGGAUGCACGGAGCUCCUGGACGUGACCGUCCUGGUGUGCAGCGCAGCGGCCGUCUCGGCCCUCCCGCUCCUCGCCAUCGGCCUCUGCUAUUUGUCUUUUGCACAUCACACGAUGGGCUGCAGCAAGGAUGGUGAUGUCUCUUGGAUGGACAAAGCCAGGUCCUUCGAAAUGUCUCAGCCAGGCACCAAGGACACCAUUCCCUGCUGAGAUCCAUGGGGGUGUCUCUCACUUGGCUAAGCCAGCCCAAGCCUUUCCCCAGGUUUAGUGGGUUCAGGGAUCUCAGUUUUGGUUCCUCUGUGAUC